UUUCGUUGAGAUCAAGUGGAGGAAUCAUGGGAAUCUCGGCCAACGAACCUCGUGCACUAGGCAGCUUGUGUGAGGCCAAGCAGGUCAACGGCCGGGAGGAUCCAAUAAAGAAAACUUAGGACAUGAUCUAAAGAUAUCCAGCACCAAGCUGCCUCCGACCAGAAUUUGCUGAUCAGCUAGAAGCCUAGAAUGGAUUUUCUUUCACCUUGCGUAAAUUCCGUCGUAGUUGGAGUACUCGUCAUAGUUCUGUUUUUCUUACAUGUUUUAAGGAGGUCUAGAGUUAGCUUGCUCAAAACAGCCCCAACUCCAAGAGGUGCAUGGCCCAUUGUAGGCCACCUCCCUCUCUUGGGAGGAACCCAACCUCCCCACAAAACUUUGGGAGCCAUGGCUGACAAGUACGGAUCGGUUUUUACCCUUCGAAUAGGAUUGCACCGUGCUGUGGUGUUGAGCAGUUGGGAGAUGGCGAAGGAGUGCUUCACAACCAACGAUGUCGCCGUUUCCUCUCGGCCAAAACUUGUCGCUUCAAAGCACAUGGGCUAUAACUACGCCAUGUUCGGCUUCACACCCCAUGGUUCCUAUUGGCGUGAAUUGCGGAAAAUCACCACCAUAGAGCUACUAUCUAGUCGACGGCUUGAACUUCUUUCGCACGUUCGAGUCUCCGAAAUUGAGACCUCCAUAGAAGAGCUAUACAAACGUUGGAGCGAGAAUAAGAACGAGUCAGGCCAGGUUUUGGUGGAAUUGAGGCAAUUGUUUUGGGACUUGAAUCUCAACUUGAUUCUUAGGAUGAUUGCUGGAAAGCGGUAUGACGUUUCUGCUACUUCUGAUCAGGCACAUAAGAAAGAGGCACGAAGUUGUCAAAAGGCAGUGAAGGACUUCUUUCAUUUCCUUGGGGUGUUUGUGUUGUCAGACGCCAUUCCUUGCCUUGAGUGGUUGGAUUUGGGGGGACAUGUGAAGGCCAUGAAAAGAACUGCUAAAGACAUGGACAAUAUCAUUGGGGAAUGGCUAGAAGAGCAUAAGCGGAAGAGAGUUUUGGGUGAGGCUAAAGGGGAGAAAGAUUUCAUGGAUGUACUGCUUUCUAUCCUCGAUGGCGCAGACCUUGCGGGCUAUGAUUCAGAUACAAUCAACAAAGCCACAUGUUUGAAUAUGAUAGCAGCGGGUAGUGACACCAACACAGUUACCCUAACUUGGGCAAUAUCGCUCUUGCUGAACAACCUCCAUGUCUUGAAAAACGCCCAAAAGGAGCUUGACGACCAGGUUGGAAAGGAAAGAAUCGUUGAGGAUUCAGAUAUCAGUAAGCUGGUCUAUCUCCAAGCCAUUGUCAAAGAGACAUUACGUUUAUAUCCAGCAGUUCCGUUAGGUGGGCCCCGUGAACUCACUGAGAACUGCAUGAUAGGCGGUUACCAUAUCCCUAAAGGCACUCGACUUAUUGUGAACAUUUGGAAAGUCCAAACAGAUUCAAAGAUAUGGUCAGACCCACUGGAGUUCAAGCCGGAAAGAUUUCUAUCAACCCACAAGGAUUUUGAUGUCAGGGGUAAACAUUUUGAAUUGAUCCCAUUUGGAGGUGGUAGAAGAGUGUGUCCCGGAGCAACAUUCGCCCUUCAAGUGGAGCACUUGACGCUGGCUAGAAUGUUACACAUGUUUGAGAUCUCAACUCCCUCGAAUGCACAAGUUGAUAUGGCCGAGAGCUCUGGAUUGACGAACAUGAAAGCCACUCCACUCGAGGUUCUCAUCACACCUCGCCUACCUGCCAAGCUUUAUGGAUCAAAAACCAUCAAGUAAAGGUCAUGCAGGGACGAAACUGCUGCGAUUUAUGUAGUGGGGGGCCGAAGGCUAUUAUAUAAAAAAACUUUUAUGUAACAAAUAUUAAAAGAUUACUUAACGUGUGCAUGAAUAUAUAGUUAGUUUCAGUUUGAAUAUAAAAUAAAAAAUGAAACAUUUAGUAUGCCAAUUGAUAUCAAUUUUCUUUCGAUAAAUAAAGGUUAUUUAUUAUCGCA